UAAUAUUCCUGCGACAUAAUUUAAAAUAUUCGUGAUAAAAAUCAAUAUUUCCCGAAAGAAUUUUUAAUUAAUGGGAGAUGCGAAAAUAUAUGUUACAUUUUUCACCGAAAGAGGGCGCGGUUAUUUUAAACGAGUAGCGUGAAAGUAUGCACAUGUUUUGAUCACAUGUAAACAAGAAACCGAUUUUAGACCUUCAAACAAGUUUAAAUAAACCUCAAUAAUGGAACAAGUUUUGAAUGAAGUUAUCAAGGAAUUAUUAAAGCAAGUGGAAACAACAUACAAAGAAAAUAAUAAGCUCACAGAUGAAUUGUUGUCUCAACUUAAUUUUAUAUUUAAGACUCCGCUUCUGUCGGCGCUCGAUUUAAUCGAUCAUCAAAAGGUGAUACACAUAAGCACACCGAGUAAAAGAGAAUUGUUUCAAGUGAUCGGCAGUUCGGGAUUAUUGUAUCUCUGCUUUCAAAGUAGCAAUUAUUGUAGUUGUUUGGCAUACAGAUAUUCAGUUUUAAGAAAAGAAGAAUAUCCUAUGUGUAAACACGUUUUAGCUGCUAGACUCAGUCAAGCCAUGGGACUUUGCAAGGAAGUUCAAUAUUCGGACAAAACCUUAGCAUUAAUGAUUGCUAACAUAGAAUGAUGUCAAAUUGUUUAUAUUAAGUAACAUAACUCAUUAUACAAUGUAAUAUUGUACUGCUUACAGAUGAAUUUUUAAUAUUUUAAGAAAUUUAUUUAUAAUUUAAAUUAUCGAUUUUUGUCACAGGUAUACUUCAAAUUUAAGAUAACAAGUGUAACAAUAAUAAUAAUAAUAAA